UAACGUAUUUUACGAGACUGUACCUCCGGCAGUGAAGUGACAUUGGCGUUCCUAGUGUGUACAGUACAAUGUACGUUGUUGGCGGUUAUAGAAACCUUUUUUUGAAAAACUACUCUAUUUGAGCAACAGUAGCAACCUGUAAUCUCGGGAGGAUUUUCAAAGCUUCUUCUUUUCCUCUUCCUUCCGGUAUGCAAGGACGUAUGCAUUAUCUGUUGGACACACGAUAACUGUUUCUUCUUAGUUGGAUAUACAGUCCGAUUUUGUGACCGUGCCCGAAUACGGCCGUUGGUAUUCAAAAGCGUGUCCGUGUGUUCAUAGCUCGUUCCAAUACGGACAUUUGAUGAAUAUGUAUAAGUUUGUCUCCCAGGGAAGCCUGGUCAAAGGAACGUGAGCGAACUACUGCAGGAACACCGCUGAGAAAGGCGAUCAUGGUCAGGUUAAGCGUCGAGCCGGCGGAUCUGAUGUCGUUCAAAUGCUUGAGGCGUCCGAGAACUAUUACUGAUCACGAUCCGUCCGCUGCGAACGCUGAGCAGCUCGCUCUGACUCGGGCUCUGAAGGGAAGGAAGAUACUUGGAAGCGUUUUGCCCAUUGAUCUCAACCAGUUGACUGUAGCCACUUAGUGAAGGAAAGCAGACAUUCUUUGGUGGAAAUAUAAGACUUGUGUUGAGGAAACACUUCUAAAUUGUUCACGAGUAUCUCAGAGAUGGAAUACUUCUCAGAGCGAUAAAGUUUCUUUGUUAAGACGGUUAACCUCGCGGCUGCCUACUUGACAGAUUGAACGAGGAGCCGACCCCGGGUACUAAGAGAUUGGAUUCUGUGUCAGACUAGCUGCUCUGUGCCAAAGGCUGUCUGGGGAAUAAAAAGUCGUGAGCUGAAGGAGAAGGAGAAAGAUAACUUUUUGCAUACAUGUCAAUCUGAUCAUUUCUGGGAUACUCGCUUGAUCCCGUACUAUAACUCAAUGAGGACAUUGAUGCGAGGAAAUGAGUGUUUAUCAGAAGGGAUUUAUCAUCACACCUCGUCGACGUUUAGUGUUAUAUAUUGAGACAGACUGUUAUCUGCUUUUUAUUGUUCCUUUGGGACACAUUAGUUCACGGACCCCACAUUACUUUUGAAAUCAUCACAGCCAACUGAUUGAACGAGACAUUCGUUAGACUGGUUGUGGACCAAUCAAAUCUAAGGGAGUGUCGAAUCGAUGCUUUUGCAUGGAUGUUCAGGAUAUAAAGUGCUGCCGGUUUGUAUGAAGCUUCGAGGUAUAUGUACAGCUACAGAUACCUUAGGACGUAUUCUUUCCGAGGCUGACUUAAGAAAACAUUUGCUAUCAGAUUCUGUGAGCGACUUCUAUCAUCACGGCUGGGUUACCGGUAGGUGGAAACUAUUGCUUCGACAAAAAAACUCUGGUUUAGUGAUCUGAGCUUGCAAAGGAACCCCAACUGUCAGAACAAAAUUUGGCUCAUUUUGUUUGUUUCGUAAAAAAGCAUAACAAGAACUCUUGCCUACUUGUGUCUUAUCCUGUCAGUCCGUUAGCGUUCAGCAGAAGUCUGCGUGGUUGCUAUUAAACCGUGGCUUGCAAUUCAUAGACAAGGAGAGAUUGGCUAACUAUUCGCUAUAUUUUCGGAUAUCAACACGAAAUACUAGUUGGCCUGAGUUGUUUAUUGCUUAAACGAAUAAUGAACUGGUGAGAAUCGGACAUAUAUUUGAUAGUUGGACGGAAAGUGAUUACAAACCAUACGUUCUGUCAAUGUUGUGCCAGAGGCUUACUUGAAAGUAAUACAGUGGGAACGAGAAUUUGCACUGGGUCAUUUACGUGUUAUUAUAUUGAGGAUUACUUUAAUGAAAUCCCAGUCAGUGUUUUUGAGCGCAUCACGUCAACAACGUCCUCGACUGAAGGAUAACAUUGCAGCGGAUAUUGCACUUUUCAUCAUUGUCCCGACGGAACCGGUCUAAGCUAUGGUGACAUUGCUGCAGCUGCCCCAUGAGUCGCGCGAGAAUUAGUUACUCUGUUUAGUGCAGUGUAUCACUGGCAGAGAACAGUACCAGUGUUAUCAUACAUUAUAAAUGUUCGUUGGAUUAUUGAUGAUAUGUCAGACACCAGUUACAAACAGAUUGGAAGCAGAAGAUAGUCAAGCCGAACAUUGACCUCGUCGAGAUUUCUUGCCGUCAUUUCAUUCAAUAGUGACACUGGAGCUAUUAAGUGAAUCAAAUUGUCUGAACAAUCCUGGUGAAGCUACUGCUUAUCGGAUAUCAUAUGAAAUAUCCCGAACCCUUAGGCGCUCGUUUCGUUUAGAGAAUCUUACGUUCUGUAGGUUCCGGUUCCGGUGAUACAUCAACUAUAAACAUGGCAGGAGAUGAUAAACUCAAGGCACCCAAGAAGAAGUAUGACCCCACCAAGCCGCCACAGACGGUAGGACAGUGUUUCCUCAAGUUCUUAAUGACGACGUCUGUCCGGGGCGUCGGCAGAAUAUUCAAAACAAAAAGUCGUCUGCUGAUGAUCUUGUGGACGACUGUUGUGUUGGCAUUUCUAAUCUUAUCCAUUUACCAGGUUAGUGAGAUCAUAAGGGGGUACUUCCGUUACGAUACCACUCAAGAACAGAGAAUCCGAAUCCCGCGAAAGAUUCCAUUCCCUGAUAUCACGCUUUGCAAUCUUCAGCCGUUUCGGAGGCAACCUCAUUCGGUGCCAGGCCAGAUCAGCGAUGCGGAGCUACUCGUGCUUGAGUACUUUGACAAUGUGACGCGGCGCAUGAAGGAGUACGGGAAGGGCGUGACGGGGGCAUUGGACUGGGAUCGCUCGGACGCGCCCUUCCACCAUGAUGCGGAGGAUCCGACUGAUAAGGAAGGAGCCAAAAACAACCCUAACUUCUCUAAGUAUGAUUACUUCGAUCCUGGCGAUGGGGAACCAGAGGAACCAGAUGUCUAUUAUGACGAAGGCGACGAUGUCCAAGGCGAGUCUUUGAAACAACAGAAAGAAAUCAUCGAUAGGAGCACUUUGGAGGGGAUUUUAUCGACCACUGCUGCCAUAUAUCAAAAUGUUAACCAUACCAUGCGCAACAAAAUCGGCCACGAGGCGAACAUGAUUGGUCACUGCGUGUUUACGGUUCAGUCCGGGCGGAGAUUACAAACGGACAAAUGCGACAUUCGCUUGUUCAAACACCCGCAGUAUUUCAACUGUUUCACCAUAUCACGUGACCAAACAAAACCUGGCACCAUCUUAGAUCUGUCGCUUGAUCUAUUUCUCGAUGAUGAAAUUCACUUAUUUUACCCUGAAAUGUAUCGCGUUGAUAAGGCAUCGCAGCUACAUGGCAUUAAGGUUGUUGUCCAUGAACCUGGUUCCUUUCCUAAUAUCGGCAAGAAGGGUUUCAAUGUGCCUCCUGGUAUGGCCGCUAACUUUUACUUAAUCACCAAAAGGUGGCAAAACCAGCCUCCUCCAUACGGCACAUGUAGUCAUGAGAACGCUGACAAACGCAUCAAGACGUGGGAUGGCAAGGUUUUUCGAUAUGAAAAAAACACUUGUCAGGACCAGUGUAUUCAGGAACAUAUCAAUAGUAAGUGUCACUGCGUGGAUGCCGAGUUGAUUCACCCGCGGAAUAACACCAAGGGUCUGCCCUUCUGUGUGGGACUCAGCACAGAUCUUGGCUCAAUACUCAGAAGGGUCGCCUGCAUGUAUGACUUUAGAUUGCGGCCCCCGAUAGCUUGUCUUGAAUGCACCCUUCCAUGUCAUCGGUACGACUAUGGUACCACUGAAACCAUGUCAGAGUGGCCGCAUGAAUCCUUUCAUUUACCACUCUACACAGGUAUCAAGAAUAAACGUAACAUUACACUGGAUGAACUUGAAAAAAUUAUAAAAACUAAGGAAGAAUUUAAUCUCCAUGAUCCUGAAAGGCCUUCGAAAUUCAACCCGACUAAAAUAACCGAUUCCAAAAAGACUCUGAUGGACACGGAUAGCUUCCAAAGAAACUUCGUUUCUGUGACAGUACAAAAGGAAACAUUUGAGGUGAGCAUCGUCGAGGAGAAGCCGGACAUCUCACUGGCGAAGCUGUUGAGUAGUGUCGGUGGAAUCAUGUGUUUCUGGCUGGGCAUCACUGUCAUCACCACCAUGGAGAUCGUCGAGCUUAUCUAUGAUCUUAUCAUGUUCUGCUUCGAUAGACGCAGCAAGGAAGGUGACAAGGACAAGACUAGUGCUGAGGAGACGCCCAUCAACGACACAAAUGCGGAGACAGCUACGAAGGUUUAACGGGGAAGCAUUGUCAAUGGGACAAGAAAUAGACACGUAUUCCGAGCCUCACGAAAGCUCAGCUGUCGUGUGGUCUUUUGUGUCAUGAAUAUCUCUUUCGUUACAAGGGUAAUUGAGUGAAGCGGUUUUAUAUGUGUGAAUGGUAAGAUUUUCGACAAUUCUUAUGUAGGUAAUAGGAAAGACCGAAGAGGGCCAGGCUCUGGCAUUGCUUAUCUCUUCCCUGUAAUGGUGUAUACUGCUGUAUAAACUGGCGACUGCUUUGUGAGUGAUAAUUUUGAUCUUGUUUUGGGCUUGCAAUUAAUGCGUGUAGCUGCUAACGAUAUUGUUUAAAGCUUUGUUGUGAUUAUUGUUGUGUGUUUAUCCGCCCAUAUUUGAUACUACUUGUGUAUUAUUCACUUAGCAUCCUCUUCCAUCAAACAGUCUAACUCACAUUGUAACUUCAUAUUGGAAUCGCUGUCUUUGAAAAGAAACGGGAGUGACUUUACUAGUGGCUAAAUUCUUGUUCUUCUUCUGAUUUCGUCUGUGCCAGUCUCGGAUAAAACUAAAGUCACUCUUCAAACAUAACUCCGAUUAUGAAUGUAGAUCAAGUUUUUUAAAAUGUCCUUGUCUACAUCGAUUUUAUAAAAGUAAUUAAGUUGUCCAUUUGGGUUAUGUCAUGAAUUAUGUUACCAAUUACAACGAAUAUUGUACAUGAAAAUCGAUUCCUGUGCAAAUAGCAUGUCAAACAUCAACUAGCUAAACGGAGAAAUCCAAUCCAAUGCUUUGAUUUAUAGGCCUUAACUCUGCACAUGUCAUCAUAGCUUUUCCAAUGAAUACCUCAUGUUUUGCUUUUUAAAUGGCGUUUUCGUGUAUUAUUUAGUAUGAUUGUGCUUGUGAUUUGGAGAUCAAAGCGAAUCGUCAACAAGACGAUUAUUUGACCAUUAUUUCACUAGGUCAGACCGCUUAAUUCGCCAAUCUUUGGGAAAACAAGAUUUUAUGGGAUACGGGAUCAAAAUCAAUCCUAGGCCUUCCAAUCGAAGUUUGUGAGCCAUGAGGGCGAAGAACAUCAAACGAAUUUGGGUAAAAGUUCACAGCGGUAUUUCAUUGAUGAAUGACAUGCCAUAUGUUUGAUGUGAACCUUCAACAAACAUGAAAGUAUCAUCAAAGAACAGCGGUAAAACAAA